AAGUUUGUAUUGUUUCGUAAAAACAGCUGGAUAAAAGGUGGGGUCCACAGCCUCAAAAUUCUCUUGCGCUUUAUAUGUUCUUCGGGAACUUCCAAGCGAGGCAGAGCCCGCGUCUGAUCUAGGGUUUCUCGGUCCCCUUCUUUACGCAUGGUUUCUUCAGUGUAUAUCCUCUGAAAAUGGAGGGCAAGACCUGUAAAUUCCUGUAAAUAUACCUAGGGCUUUGUUUUUCCUUGAUUAGUUUCUAGCAGCUUUAGAUUUACAUAUGGAAACCGUUAAUUCAGUUAAAGUUUCUGGAUUGAAGAAGCAGAAGCGGUCAAUCCGCUGCGAUGGUUAUGUCGCUGAUGUACGGUCUAAGUUCCAGCGGGUCGGUGCGAAGAAUGGACACUCGUCCUGUCCCUUUGAUUCGAAAUCCGUUAUCAAGAACUACUUGAACUUUGUCAAGAGUGGAUCGCCCCAACGUGUGAUGUUCUUCAAUUGUGGAGAAUGGAUUGAUUUUCCAGAAAAUGUUAUUGCUUUGAUUGUUGAUGCUUUUAGGUUUAAGAGAUCAAUUGUUGAGAUUUCGAUGAGAAAUAUGAACUAUCUUGUUGAUUUUGUUGGCAUGGUUAUGACUGAACUGAAAACCAGUUCAAGGCGAUCAGUUGCUUGGAUCGAUGAAAUGGGGAAAUGCUUCUUCCCAGCUGUUUAUGUGGAGGAUGAUGAUAUGUGGAGUGAUGGUGAUAAGAUUGUGGUUGAGGUUGAUGUUGGGAUUGGUGGGGCUUGCAGUUCUGGACCUGCAGAAUGCAAUUCUCGGUUAGAGGAGACCGAGGUGAGUUCGCAAGUCAAAGAAGUGAUUGGCGACAAUGGAGUUCCGUGUCGGGAUGAUUCCGGUUUUGAUAGGUUGGAUUUGAUUAAAUUGGAAAGAGAGAACAAUGACUACCUUGCCGUUCAAAAGGCUUUUGUCACGAGCUUUGGUAUGUUUCUGACGCUGAGUAAUGUAGUUGGUAUUUACCGUUAUGCUCCAGUGGGUCCUGCUGCAUUGGCGCGAUUUCAUUCAUUCGAGGAACGAAUUGAGGCUAUUAGGAGGUAUCGGGGGGAUGCCAAUGUGAGGCGAGGAUGGUAUGGUUCCUCGCGGGAAGGUGUGGCGGAAGUUUUAACUUAUGGAUUCGGGGUCAACAUGAAGUCGUCAAAUGGAGCGGCUUAUGGUAUGGGUGUUUAUCUUGCCCCGGAAGAUCGCGCUUAUGUCAGUGCGAAUUUUUGUGAUGUUGACGAAAAUGGCAUACAACAUAUGUUGUUAUGUCGAGUAACCAUGGGGAGCAUGGAACAAGUGCCCCUAGGCUCGGAGCAGUUCCGCCCCAGCUCUGAGGAUUUUGAUAGUGGCGUAGACAAUCUUCAGAAUCCAAAUCAUUAUGUGGUCUGGAGCACCCACAUGAAUACACUUAUACAUCCGGAGUACAUUGUCAGUUUCAAGCUGCCUCCUUCUGCUCGAGAACAUUUUGUUGGGAUGAGAGGUAUUCGAAGGGAUCUUGAUGCUCCAACUGUAAAAUGUCAGCAAUCUUCUUCUAAAGUUCAUCAGGUGAAGGAUAGUCAGGACUCUACACUUGCGGCAAGGACAUUGAAAUUGCCCACAUCAGCUUGGAUGCCAUUUCCAAUGUUGUUUGCCGCAAUUCAAAAUAGCUUGUCCCCUUCAGCCAAGGACUCACUGGAUGCCCACUAUAAUGAUUUCAAGAGCAAGAAAAUAACUCGGGAAGAGUUGGUAAAGAAGUUGAGAUUCAUCGCUGGAGACAUGCUGCUGAUAUCUACACUGAAGAGACUUAAAGUACAAUGUAAGAUGGCUUGACAAUCAAUUCAAAAUCAAUGAAACAUUGCAAUUUUUUUUAUUUGGUAGAAAUAUUGGCCAUUAAUAUGACUGCUGAAAGUUCAUACAGUUGGCUAGUGGCUACUGACAUUUCCCCCAUUUUGAGGAUUUUGAUAUACAUAAGCUUGUGCUUGUCAUAUUAUAUUUGUAGAGAAAAAGAUAAAUGAAAGGGUCUGUUUGAUAGAUGCCUGAAAAUGAGUUGAUCUCAUUUUAGUUGAUCAUAAUUAUGUAUUAGAGAGCAUAAUCUCUAAUACAUAAUUAGUAAUUUAUGAUUAACUAAAAAUGAGAUGAACCCAUUUGCAGGUGUUUACCAAAAGGCGCUGAGCUUUCAGGUGCUUGAUAGGAUGUGUGCAUCUUAUCCCUUUUCGGAUUCUCUUAGUUCUAGAUACUAUGUAGCAACUAGCAUUUAUGGUAGCUUUUGAUCCAACAACAACCGUGGUUGUCUUGAAUCAUUGAACAUUAGCAUUUUGAUUCUACAUGGGCCCAGAUCGCACACAUUUCAGAGAUGCAAAGGAGCCAAUGCCGUACUGUCAAAUCCCAAAAUCCCAGGGUUGUUUUGCAUGAAACCCAUGUGUAAUUGGAUCCCUUUUGUAUUGAAAAAUCUGGUGAUGACUGUACAUCAACCCUUUAUACACAUAAACACAAAUGGAAUCUGCUUUAAACAGUUCUAGAGCUUGAUGCUUGGGCUUAUGCCCACUUUUAUCCUUUUGGGCUCCUUGCAUGUGUGGGUUUGUCACGCACUUUGGCCAACAUCUGUAUGAUAUCAAGUUACAUUAUAGAUCAAGGUUUAAAAUAUCGGUGUCAGAGGAUGCAUUGGCUAGCUCCAAGUAUGAUAUAUAUUAGGUGAUACGCAAUGAUAAUUAUUCUUUUUUUAUUAUUUAUUUUUAUUUUUAAAGAUGGGGUAAGCAGAGCUGUCUCAAACCUGAGACCUUAAUGUGGAAGCAAACCUGUCUUCUGUCGAGCUAGGUGCCCUAACCCUAGACGACAAUGUUUUAUUUUUCAUUAAUAUCUAUGUAGGUUUUGACAGAAUUUAGUGCCAUACUACUAGACAAAAAAGCAUAAUGUUGCUAGGUAAAAAAAUGUUGCAUGUGAUUUGAUAUGAUAAAUAUGGGAGGAUGUUUUAAACCAUAGCAUAUCUGUGGCAGUGCUGCGAUAUAAUUAUGUUUGCUGAUGUGCUUUGGGUGCCCACAUAGUUGGAGCCUCUAUUGGCUUAAAGGAACCGUCGGAAGUUUCGGUGUGAGUACACUAUGCCACGUUGAGAGGAAAUUAGUGUUGUUGCUAUGGCAAGACAGAAAGGGGGCCCCCCCCCCCCC